GCAGAUAUCCAUAGAAGGUAUCACUCAAGGUAGUGAAGCCCUCGCGUUAUGAUAGCGGCGCAGCCCUGCACGCGCACGGUGGUCGCGCUGCAAAGCUUGCAUGAAAUUUGCAAAACCAUAAGCGCCUGAAGCCCCGAUUUGUGCGCUUUCCCCACUUGCUUCGUCCGUUGGGCCCACUCGCUUGCUUGCAUAACCCGCAUAUGGGGAGUCGCUCAAAGACGUUUUGCUUCACCACACGGUCGCCAUGGUGCCAGCACCAAGAACCUGCGCUGUCGGACUUGCAGGAUGUGUACGCGUGCACUGAGAACCUGAGCUUGGGGGCGGCCGUAAAGUAGUGCUAUCACACUCCUAUAUAUUAUAGAGGAGCAAAGCACAGUCAUUCAGGUUAAAGAAGCCUCGUUAGGACGAGUUCGUCGCUCUGGGGUGAAAGUUUGGAGACGCAAGAAUGAGCGCUCCAGCAGCACCUAGCACUGCACCAACCCACGACGUGGAGCAUGGAGGAAGAGAUGGGCGCGUGCACGACGAAAAUGGACGCGACUUGGAAGAGCAACCGCUUAUUCAUAUCGGUUACAACCCAAACUCGCGUUGGCACCGGUUUAAAAAGGUUAUGUUUGAGCCCCCCAAAGCGACGGUCAGCAUCUACGCGGACAUUCCGUUUAACCACGCUGAGUGGAAGCGGCAUCGCAACGCUGCUUGGAGGCACCGACCGCAGCCGGCGCUAUUUGCGCGUGUGGCGGGCGGCUUCUGGUGGCAGCUGACGUACGUCUUCCUGGUGUCGCUGUUCGUGGGCCUGUACCACCACCACAUAGCGCCAAUCACCACGGCCUCGUCCAAGCUGGCCACGGCCUUCAACCUGACCACCUUUGCGCUGUCACUGCUGCUGGUGUUCCGGACCAACAGCAGCUACAGCCGCUGGUGGGAGGCGCGCACCAUCUGGGGCUCUGUGGUCAACCUCAGCCGCAACGUCUGCCGCCAGAGCCUGCUGUGGCUGCCGGCCCGGGAGGCGCGUGUGGCCGUGCGCUGGAUGAUGGCGGCGCCCUACCUGCUCAAGUGCCACCUGCGCUUCAACGCCAGUGUGCGGGAGAACGUGUCGCACAUCCUCAUGCCGCAGGAGCUGGAGUGGGUGUUGGGCUGGACGCACCGGCCCAACGCCGCCGCCACAGUCAUUGUCAACGCGGUGGCGGCGGCCAAGCUGGACACAAACAGGGAGCUGGUCUUGAUGGAGCUGAUCAACCUGUUCAUUGACAACGUGGGCAAGUGCGAGCGCAUCUUCAAAACACCCAUUCCCGCGGCCUACACAAGGCACACCUCCCGCUACCUGAUGAUCUACCUGACCGUGCUGCCCAUGGUACUGUGGAACAGCCUGAGCUGGUGGUCGCUUGUCGCUUCUGUGCUCAUCACCUUCCUGCUGCUGGGCACCGAGAACAUCGGCGUGCAGCUGGAGGAGCCGUUCAGGGUGCUGCCGCUGGACGACAUGUGCAGGGGCAUCGAGGCCACGCUGCGCGAGAUGGAGCGGCAGCACUCCAAACUGGAGCCGCAGCUGAGCGGCUGGAUGACCGACCCCGCCGGCCUCACGCGCUCCUCCUCCGAGUCCUCCCUGGACUCAUUCCAGGACGGCCCCGCCGACGGCCCCAGCGACGAGGCCGCCCUGCGCCGCUUCCACCACAUCCCGCCACCCGCGCCCCUGGCCGCCGCCGCCGCCAUGGUCAUGCGCGCCUCGUUCCGCCGCACCUCUUCCAUGUCCGUCUCCGCCUCGCACCACUCGCCUGCUGCUGGAGGAGGAGGAGGCGCCGCGCUGCCCAUCCUGGGCGGCAACCGCACUGCCACGGGCUCAGGAGAUCUGUCGCACCACCUGUUCCCGGGCGGCUACCCGCACAUCAGCGCCGGCGCCGUGGCGCCCCACUACCCCUGGGGCGCGGCGCGCGACUCGCGCACCGGGCCGGCGGACGCGGCGGCGGGCGACAGGAGCACCAGUCAGGGCGCGGCUGGCCACGGCGGCGGCGAUUACAGCCAUGGGGGCCCACACGGCUCUGUGCACUUCCCGCACCACAUCCGCCACCAGCACCGGCACCUGCCGCAGAACCCUCUGGACAUGCCGGCGGGGGCGGCAGCCGGCGGCAGCGCCCAUCCGCUCACCUCGCCUGGAGGAGGGCCGGGGGGCAGCGGGCUGGGUGGGCUGGUUGCAGCGGCCAAGAGCGCAGUCAGCCGCCUCUCGCAUGAGGCCCACAGCACCGGCGGCACCGGGCGCAGCGCCAACACCAGCAGCCACUACCAGCUCAGUUCCAUUAGCGCCGCGGCGGCGGGCAUGGUGAAGGAGAAGCGGGGCUCGGGCGGAGGGGGCGGAGGUGAUAGGGGCGCGGCACAGUCGUCGUCGCCAUUUGCGCACCACGAGCAGCAGGAGCAGGCGCAGGCGCUGCAGCGGGUGGUGCCAGCAGGGGAGGUGGAUGCGGCUGGCGUGGGGGUGUGCGCGGAGGCUGCUGCGGCUGAGGGCGGGCGCAGCGGCGGCGGCGGCGCGGCGGCGCAUGACGCGGGCGCUGGUGCCGGCCCCCAUGACAAGCAUGUGUAGGGAGGGGCGUGCAACUAGGGGAUGUGGGGUACCGCGAGCAAAGCGAGUCCUUUGAGUUUGUGUCUUGCCUCCAAACCUGCACCUGUGAAUCUGCCCCAUUUCUGUCCCAUUGUUGUGCAUAGGGUGAGUAUGCACGGGAGGGAUGCGAGUGUGCGAUGGGACAGUGGUAAGGCAGGUUGACCAAGUCCCGUAGGGUGCAGCUGAUUCCCAGAACCCAACAGAUGGCACGCAAUAUGCAACGGCAGGGCAUGCGAGGGAAGUUUGAGAGCGUAAGAGCGCGUUUGUCUAUCAGGAAAUAGUGUACGCGAGCGUCAUUCGGGUGUGUCAAUGGGAUACCGUAUGAGGCAUGUGUGUUUGGAUGCAUGAAGCGCAAAUGCGGACAGUUGCGAUCCGUGACCACAUAUGGCGUACCACUUGUCGACUGACUGUUCAUGAUGCUUGGUGUGGCCCUAUUGAGGCUGUGAACCGCUAGGUGUGGCCCUGUGAGGUUCCGGAACGGGACCGCACGCAGACCUAGAUCACCUUGUCACUGGAGAAGCAAGUGUAAUUCCCCGACGCU